AUGACGGCUGCUGCUGCUGUUGAUGAUGACAGUCCCAGUGGCCGUGGUGUAUCCCGUGGGGCUGUGGAGGUGUCGUGCGGGGCCGGCGGUGCGCUGCGUGUACGCCCCGCUGCUGAGAGCGAGUGGCUUACAUGCGGUGCGGGCAGCCGUGUGUCUGCAUGUGGGAAGUACGCAGACAUCUGCCGCCAGCGUACCGCAAGAAAAAAAGCAACAACAACAACCACCGCUGCUACUACUACAACUGCUGGACAACCAAAGGCGGUGAUGGCUACUCAUAGUGGUUUUGGUAACUGGGAUGAUUUUCUUGCAGCAGCAAUCCAUGAUCAUAAUUGUAACAAUAGUAAUGCAGGACCUGUUAAUGGAAUAAGUUGUGAGAAUUGGAAUAAAAGUAAGAAUAUUGAUCAUAUAAAUUACAGCCUUCCUAAUUUGACAAAUACUCAAGCACCUGUAAGAGAGGUGGUUCCAUCUCAACGUGAGAAAGAACUGAGGCAAGAUCAAGAGGCACCACGUGCGGAAGAAGAUCGGGUACGUGAGUCCACAUCACAAACCACGUUAACAGGCACCGUUUCAGGACAUCAAGCAACUGAGAGUGGACCAGCAGUGACACAUCCCAGUGAGUCUGAGAGUGGUGAAGCACAUCCUGUUGCGAAUGUGGAACGUGCGCCAUUAGCAUCAAGUACAUCUGCAGAACCUCCUUCUUCCCCAAGAGCUCCUGAAGAUAGCAGCACAACCGUAGCAGCAUCCACUAACGAGAGUACAGGUAACAGUUUACCUGGCGAUAAUAAUAGUACUCAACAACCAUCUUCUGAAGGUACGACUGCACCUAAUUCUAUUUCUGCUGCAGACUCACAAGAAACCACUACCAGUAACGAGAGUACAGAUAACAGUACUUCUGGCGCGGACACGGGUGUGAGUGGGAAAACGGAAACGGAAGAAACCACAACCACUACUCCACCGAGCACCGAGAGCACUACCACAGAUGCACCAACAACAACUUCAUCACCUGUACCCAACGCAGAGAUCAACACCAUCAUCGCUUCCACAGUUCAGAAGAACAAGGGUAAUGUUGACAGCAGUAUGAGUCCUGUGUGGAUGCGCACUGCAGCACCGCUACUGAUUGUGGCUGUGUUGUUCUCCGCUACCGUGUACUGA